AUGCCAGACAAGAUCCAAAUGGCGGAGAAAAACGAGCCCUUUGCCGAGCAGUUCGCUCCGCAGCACGACUACGAGAACACUGCAGAGCACGCCCGUCGUAAUCUCAAUGCUAAGCUCUCGAAUCCGUUGGCCGGGUAUAGCCAUGCUGAGCUGCGGAAGCAGGGUCGCGUUUUUGCAAUAACGCACGAUAUAGGCGACGAGGAGGACAUUCGGGCUUUUGAGCUGGGCGCGGUGUUGGCUCAGGCGCCGGAGCGGUUCGCCAGUAUUGAGGCCUUGACGCCUCAAGAAAAAGCAAUUCUACUCCACGAGAUCGAGCACCGAUGGUCACAACCGAAGAAGAUGUAUUUAGUGAUUGUCCUAUGUUCGCUUUCAGCUGCUGUCCAGGGGAUGGACGAAACGACAAUCAACGGCGCCCAGCUUUGGUAUAAACAUCAAUUUGGAAUCGCAGACGACAGUGCCCGAAGUACUUGGAUCCUAGGCCUGAUCACAUCCGCCCCCUAUCUGUGCUGCGCCUUCAUCGGCUCCUGGCUCACAGUCCCAUUCAACCAAUGGUUCGGUCGAAGAGGAACAAUCUUCAUCACAUGUGUCUUUAGUGCCCUCGCCGUAUUUUGGUCCGGCUGCGCAUCGGAAUGGUGGAACCUGUUUCUCUCCCGCUUCGCCUUGGGAUUUGGCAUCGGUCCCAAAUCCGCGACCGUCCCCAUCUACGCAGCCGAGACAGUCCCCUCCUCUAUUCGCGGUGCCCUGGUGAUGCAGUGGCAGAUGUGGACUGCAUUCGGUAUCAUGCUGGGAUAUGUGGCGGACUUGGCAUUCUAUCAGAUCCCUGACCAGAGCACGAUUGUUGGUUUGAACUGGAGGUUUAUGAUGGGGUCUGCGGUGAUCCCGGCCGUUAUCGUUUUGACCUUUGUUUUUGCGUGUCCUGAGUCGCCGCGUUGGUAUAUGAGUCAGAAUCAGUAUUAUCGUGCUUAUGAGUCGAUGUGUUCGUUGCGGCAUCAUAGGAUCCAGGCGGCGAGGGACAUGUUUUAUAUGCAUACGCUGUUGGAGGCGGAGAAGAGCAUGGAGCUGGGUCGGAAUAAGAUUAUGGAGCUGAUCAAGGUUCCUCGGAACCGGCGAGCGAUGAUCGCUUCGCAGAUUGUCAUGAUCAUGCAGCAGCUUUGUGGAGUCAAUGUCAUCGCGUACUACUCAUCUGCAAUCUUCAUGGACGCAAACAUUGGCGCCGUGUCAUCGAUGCUCACCUCUUUCGGCUGGGGCGUAAUAAACUGGCUCUUCUCAAUCCCAGCAAUCUACACAAUCGAUACAUUCGGCCGCCGCAAUCUCCUGCUCGUCACGUUCCCUCUCAUGUCACUGGCCAUGUUUUUCACAGGCUUCAGCUUCUGGAUCCCCGAAGAACACAGCGCCAGAAUAGUAUGCAUAGUAAUAGGAACUUACCUCUUCGGCAUGGUCUACUCCCCCGGCGCGGGCCCAGUGCCAUUCACAUACUCGGCCGAGGCAUAUCCUCUCUACGUCCGACCGCACGGAAUGGCAUUGGCGACGGCAACGACGUGGUUUUUCAACUUCGUUCUGGGCAUUACGUGGCCGUCUAUGCAGAGUGCGUUUACGGCGCAGGGGGCUUUUGCGUUUUAUGCUGCGUGGAACAUUGUCGGGUGGUGGCUUGUGUUGCUUUUCAUGCCUGAGACCAAGAAUAAGACGUUGGAGGAGCUGGAUCAGGUAUUUUCGGUGCCGACCAAGUUUCAUGCGCAGUAUGGGUUGAGGCAGAUUCCGUACUUUUUCAAGAGGUAUGGGUUGGGGAAGGAUGUUAAGCCUGAGCUUCUUUAUGAGAUGGAGGAAAUGGGGCCAGUGCAGGCAGACUUGGGGUAUAAUGCUUAA